CCCUCGUUCUCUCACUCGGAGUCGCCAUUUUGACACACAUAAGCUAAGCAAGCACACUACCAGAAGUAACGAAGACAACGGAAAGGAUAACUAUGAGUGGAUGUCGAGUUUUUAUCGGUCGUUUGAGCCCUCAUGCUCGUGAGAGGGACGUAGAGAAAUUCUUCAAAGGUUAUGGAAGGAUCCGAGAAGUAAAUUUGAAGAACGGAUUCGGCUUUGUGGAGUUUGACGACCACAGAGACGCUGAUGAUGCAGUUUACGAGCUGAAUGGCAAGGAACUCUGUAGUGAAAGGGUGACUAUAGAGCAUGCCCGCUCCAGAAGAGGCAGGGGUGGUGGACCCGGGAUGGGCGGCGGCGGAGGAGGAGGAGGACGUUUCUCACCUCGUUUCAGCAGCUACCGCCAGGGGUCUGGUGAUCGCCGCGGUGGUGGAGGUGGUGGCGGCGGCUCCAGUAGGUAUGGUCCUCCGGUGCGCACUGAACACAGAAUCAUCGUUGAGAACCUGUCGUCACGCAUCAGUUGGCAGGACCUGAAAGAUCUCAUGAGGAAAGUUGGAGAGGUCACCUUUGUGGAUGCCCACCGAACCAACAAGAAUGAAGGGGUGGUGGAGUUUGCAUCACACAGUGAUAUGAAGAACGCCCUUGAUAAGCUGGACGGAACAGACUUGAAUGGACGGAAGCUGAAGCUGUCUGAGGAUCGCAAGAGCCGCCGCAGCAGGAGUCGUUCCCGUGGCUCUCGCAGCUACUCCCGGUCACGUAGCCGUUCCCGGUCCCCCCGGUCCAAGUCCCCCAGCCGUAGCAGGAGCCGUAACCGCUCCAGGAGCCCCCGCUCCCGGUCCCCACGCUCCGCCAGCCGUACUCCGGAGAAGAAGCCUGCCUCAGGAGGAGGGGGCAGGGCUGCACAUCGCUCCACUUCACGUUCCCGUUCCAAAUCCCGUACCCCUCCCGCACGCUCUCAUUCCCAUACACCUCCCCCACGCUCUCAUUCCCGUACACCUCCCCCACGUUCCCGCUCCCCUGCCCCACGUUCCCGCUCCCCUGCCCCCCGUUCCCGUACCCCUCCCCCACGCUCCCGUUCUCCUGCCCCGGCCCGGAAGCCGUCCCGGUCUCGGUCCCCCUCGGUGGAGAGCCAGCACUGAGCUGCUCUGAGUGAGCUAUUUAGGGAUAGUCCAGUGGAGGGAGUAGAGACUCAUUGGAAUGGCUGUUUAGGAUUAGUCCAGUGGAGGGAGUAGAGACUCAUUGGAAUGGCUGGAAUGGACCACUGAUAAGAUUCUGUUUAUUCCAUACCAAUGAGUCUGUCCUCCUGAUUUAAGUGACCAUCAGUCUCCACUGGUGUAGUGCUAUGUAUGGACUGAAGGGAAUGUCAUGCUGGAACCGUGGCACCUGGCGUUGUGCCAGCCUGCCUGCCUGCUAGUGGGGUUGUAAUGAAGAGGAGCCUUGCCUUGGGUGUAAUGCCCUCUCUCCCACAAUCUAAUUUUAAAAUCUGAGCUUUAGUCCUGGUUGGUUCAGUUCCUCUAGGCCCUGGACUGGUUAUUUUAUGAUUAUAGGUUGGAUCCUGCGUCCCCCAAUUCAACUUCUAAUUUAGUCUUUAUUGCUAUCUGAAUAAUUAGAGUUUCCUUUUGAAAACCAAACUUUUUUUUCUUUUCUUUUAGUUAAUGAAAUGUACAGUGUGAUUUGAGAGCUUUUGAUUGGGUCGCAGUCCUGUUGAAUAUCUGUAUGGUUGUCCCUGCAGGUUUGUAAGUCUCAUUGUGAUUGGUUAAGUUGUAUGAAAUGUACCUUCUAUUUUUUUGUUGAAGUUAACUUUGUCUAAUCAAUACAAUGUUUUUUUUCUCCAUUGUUUUUGUGCUUAUGUGUGUUCCGAUCCACUCCUCUUAACAGUUAAGUUAAACUGCACCCAAAAUGAUUUGAAUGGGUGUUGUCAAGUAAUUUAAUCUACUAUUGUGUUUUGUUGCGUUUUAACAUUGACUGAUGAUGCUGAGAAAUACUGAAUAAGCAUUUCACAAAUUAAGUGAAUGUAAUUUUUUUUUAAAUAAACAUAAGACUACAAUUGCAUAGUCUAAACCACCA